AUGGCACAGCAAGAUGAUGAUCAAACUUAUUUACCUAUCUCAUUGUUUGAGCCUGGAAAUAAGGGAGCAAUUACCAUCCACGUGAAGAAGAAGAAGAAAUCACAAGUUCCCGCGCAGCUGCUUCUCGUUGCGCCGCAGGCAGAAGGGACUUACCCAGUCCUGCUCUUCUGCCAUGGCUACUGCACCGAGAACUCGUGGUAUUCCCACUUCCUGGAGCACAUCUCUUCCCAUGGAUACAUCGUGGUUGCGCCACAGUUUUACCAGUGCCUGCUCGUUUCCCUGAACAACGAAGUCCAGACAGCAGCAGAAGUGGCAGAUUGGCUGUCGACAGGGCUGGCAACAUCCCUACCUAAAAAUGUGAAACCGGACCUCUCUAAGCUCGCCCUAAUGGGCCACAGCAGGGGCGGUAAGACAGCAUUCGCCCUCGCACUAGGACAUGCUCCGACCGCGCUCAAAUUCAAAGCAUUACUAGCGCUCGACCCUGUCUCGGGGCCUAAGCCACCAACUUGGGUCGAACCCAACAUUCUUUCCUACGUUCCACACUCUUUCAAUCUCUCGAUUCCUAUUGGGAUCAUAGGCACAGGCCUGAGCAGUCAAGCUAAGGGCGUAAUUCCUCCCCUAGCGCCCAACGGGUUCAACCACGCUGAAUUUUUCAACGAGAGCAGGCCACCCUGCUGUUACUUUCUUGCCAAGGAUUACGGCCACUGCGAUAUAUUGAAUGAUUCGAAAGCAGCUUUGGCAAGUUUGGUGUGCAAGAGUGGAAAGGACUCGAAACAAAAGAUGAGACGAGGGGCUGGGGGAAUUGUCGUGGCAUUUCUAAAGGCUUAUUUGGGAGGGGAAACUAAUGCUCUUCAAAGCAUCAUCGACAUAACGGCUAAUGCUCCUAUAACUCUCGACCCAAUUAUUCAUAUCACAGUAUGAAAAAGAACUAAGCAUCGAUAAUCAUCAA